AUGGCUGCUGGACAAGGAUUUGCAUUUCGGAGGAAACAGAAGAUCCAAAGAGAAUACAGAAAGCUGUUAAGAAAGGGAAGGAAGGUUGGGAUACAAUCGGACGCUCAGUUUGCCGAUACUUACCCAGAGCACCUGAAACAUCUCUACCUAGCCGAGGAAGAGAAGCUGAAGCAACAGCGCAAGGCAACGAGAGACUCAGUUGUGUUAGAAGAAAAACCUAAAAAAGCAGUAGAGCCAGUUACAACUGAAAGGAAGUUUAAGAAGAAAACAUCCAAUCAGAAGGCAAAGGAAGAGUAUGAGAAAAUAAAGGCUGAACGUGCCAGGAAGAAAGAGGAAGCUGAAAAAAGAAAACAGCAAAGAGAAGCAGCUCAGCGGUUAUAUAGGCAAAAGAAAAUGGAAGUUUAUAAAAUGCUGAGUAAGAAGACUAAAAAAGGACAGCCAAAUCUAAACUUGCAGAUGGAAUAUCUUCUUCAGAAAAUACAACAAAAUAGAUGAAUCUUUGUCAGUGUCUUCUGUUUUCAGUUAGCAAUCAGCUAAUUGUGUGUUUUGAGUUACAUGUGAUAUUUUAAUAAAGGACUU